AUUUUAUUCUAUCAUCCCCCUCACAACACCUUCUUCAUUAUUAUUUUUAUUAUUAACCUCUUGUCGACAUAUAUGUUUCGGAUUUUGAUCGCUGGAGUUUUGAUUUUUUCUGUAAAUUGAUUCGUUUUUUUAAUUAGGGUUUGUCUGUAGUGAGUGGUGCCUGUUUACUUUUUGUGUUUACCUAAAAGUCUAGUGUUGAUUAUAAUUUCCUUUUUGUCUUUCCAUUUGAUUCCCUCUCGUCUCUCUGUCACUGUCGCUGUGUGUACAUAUACAUAUAUAUUAUAUAUUGCGAGGUUUAGAGUUGAGCCUUUGCCAGAAGUGUUUAAUUUUUUUGUGAAGGUGAAAGUGAUCAGCCAUGGUGGAUGCAGAGAGUAUUGCUGGGGGGAAGAAGAAGCUUAACAAAUAUGCCUGUGCUUGUGCUAUCGUUGGCUCUUUGAUUUCAAUCAUUUUUGGAUAUGACACUGGUGUAAUGAGUGGGGCGAUGAUCUUUAUAAAAGAUGAAUUUACAGUGAAGGAAACGCAGCUGGAAGUGCUCGCCGGAAUCCUUAAUCUGUGCGCUCUGGUAGGGUCGCUCUGCGCCGGCCGGACCUCCGACUACAUCGGCCGGCGGUACACGAUCGUGCUGGCGUCAAUCAUCUUCAUGCUCGGAUCGAUAAUUAUGGGAUACUCGCCGAAUUACGGCGUCCUAAUCGCCGGCCGGUGCACGGCCGGAAUCGGCGUUGGAUUUGCUCUGAUGAUCGCGCCGGUGUACGCGGCGGAGAUCUCCGCCGCGCACAGCCGCGGACUUCUCUCCUCCCUGCCGGAAAUCGGAAUCAGCGUCGGAGUAUUGCUUGGGUACGUCUCCAACAAUCUGUUCGGAAAUUUGAGCCUCCGCCUCGGGUGGAGGCUGAUGCUCGGCGUCGCCGCCGUGCCGUCUUUAUUUCUGGCCAUCGGAAUCUUAAAAAUGCCGGAGUCGCCGCGGUGGCUGGUGAUGCAGGGCCGCGUCGGAGACGCCAAGAAGAUUCUAGACAAAGUCUGCGACGACGCCGCCGAAUCGGAGCAAAGAUUAAAAGACAUAAAAACGGCCGCCGGAAUCGACGAGAGCUGCACCGCCGACGUCGUGAAAAUCCCCAAACAAAAAGACACCACCGCCGCAUCCAUCUGGGGGGACCUUCUAUUCCGGCCGACGCCGGCCGUCCGCCGCAUGGUGAUCGCCGGCGUCGGCCUGCACUUCUUCGAGCACGUGACGGGGGUGGAGGGGGUGAUUCUGUACGGACCGAGCAUCUUCAAGAAAGCAGGGGUAACUUCUAGAAAGAAGCUUCUAGAAGCCACGAUAGGAAUCGGGAUCGUGAAACUAACCUUCAUAACGAUCUCAACGUUCAUAAUCGACCGGGUGGGCCGGCGGCGGCUGCUGCUGUUCAGCAUCGCCGGAAUGGUGGCGUCGCUGGCGGGGCUGGGGACGUGUCUGACGGUGGUGGAGCGGUCGGACCGGCGGCUGGUGUGGGCUUUGGUGCUGAGCCUGAUAUUUGUGUAUUCGUACAUAAUGUUUUUCAACAUCGGUCUGUGUCCGGUUUGUUGGGUGUACAGCGCCGAGAUAUUUCCGAACCGGCUGCGGGCCGCCGGGGCGAGUUUGGGCGUGGCGGUGAACCGGGUGAUGAAUGCGACGGUGUCGAUGACGUUUUUGUCGAUGGCGAGGGCGAUGACGUUCGGCGGAACGUUUUAUUUUUUUAUGGGGAUGGCGGUGGUGGCGUGGCUGUUUGUGUUUUUUUUACUGCCGGAGACGAGGGGGCGGCGGCUGGAGGAGAUGGAGGAGGUGUUUUCGAAGGGAGGGGGCAGGGGAGGGGGGAAGGUGGAAAUGGUCACGAUGACUAAUUAAUUUAAUUAACUAGUUAGUUAGAUUAAAAAGAAAAAUAAAAAAAAUAAUUAAUUAGGUAGGUGAACCUUUGGAGGGGUUUAAUUUGCCACCGUGGUUUACCCAUGGGAUCCUAUGUCCAAAAAUAGAUCAUGUUUUCCACACACAUAACGUGUAUAUAUAUAAACCUAUUAUGUACGUGGAAUAAGGGGUAUGAUGUGUUAAUGGAAUAGCAUGGGAAUGCACGAGUA